UUUACGACAAACAAUAUUAUCACAGUACGUUUCGAAACGUGGACCAGAGAACUCCCGCGCAAAAAUGUUUUAAAUAUAGAAGGCCUUGAAAUUAAAGGAGUGCUGUGAAAUGUUAUUGAGUUUUUUAUAGGAGUGAGUGACCAACAUGAUUGGUUUUAGUAAAGUGCGAGUGAGACAGUUAAUAAGGAGGAAGGAUUGUAUGAAGUAUCAUUCAGGAGUAGGGGUGUUCGGGCAUCGACCGCGAGAAGCGAUCCAAUUCGAGUUACCAGACGAAGUGUCAUCAAUCCGCAACGAGAACUGCCGCGCACAGCGACUUGUUGAGGCGUAUCGCACGUACGGCCAUCUGCAGGCACACGUUGACAAUGUGGACUAUAGACAACAGAACAGGAUCAUCAAAGAGCUCGAUCUAUCAAGCUAUGGUCUAUCGGGCGGCGAUGCCGUCGACUCGGCGCUACUAUACGGCCAUAGCGGGAGGCAGUCAGCGAGCGAGCUGCGAGACACGUUACGCCAAAUAUAUUGUGGACUGAUUUCCUACGAGUUUUCUUACUUAGAGACAGAAGCGGAAAGGGAAUGGUUCGCGCGACGAAUAGAAAGCGGUACCGAUACAAUAGACAGAGAGAGAAGGAUUGAGAUAUUAAAAGAACUCCUAAAUUCCCAAGCGUGGGAUAAGUUCCUAUCAAUCAAAUACCCCACAGUGAAGAGAUACUGCGGGGAAGGUGCCGAGUCACUUCUCACUUUCUUUUCGACUUUAUUCAGACUAACUACCUCAGAAAAAUUGAAGCAUGUGGUGAUAGCAAUGGCUCACAGAGGAAAAUUGAAUGUUCUUAGCGGGUUACUGCAGUGUCCGCCGGUGAAGAUUUUCCACAAAUUUAAUGGAAAUCCAGAAUUUCCCGCUGAGGCAAACUCAGCGUGUGAUAUAGCCACGCACUUGAGUGCAUCUACGGAUAUCAGUAUGAACGGCAAUACAGUCAGAUUCUCUCUACUAAAUAACCCGUCCCAUUUAGAGGUUGCGAACCCAGUGUCGAUGGGAAAAACUAGAUCCAAGCAAUUAAAGCUAAUGGAGGGCGAUUAUUCAAGCGACGAGUCGUCGAGGUUCGGCGACAAAGUUCUAAAUGUACAGAUCCAUGGUGACGCAGCUUUCACUGGACAAGGAGUGAACCAAGAAACUCUUAUGCUCUCACAAGUCCCGCAUUUUGAAGUCGGGGGCUCUUUACACGUAGUUGUUAAUAACCAAGUGGGUUUCACGUUGCCGGCGAAUCGGGGUCGUUCCAGUCUUUAUGUGACAGACCUCGCCAAAUCGAUCGCCGUUCCAGUUAUACACGUAAAUGGUGACCACCCAGAGCUCGUCUCAAAAGCCACUAACAUAGCGUUCGAAUACCAGAGGAAAUUCCGCAAAGACGUGUUCAUAGACUACAACUGUUACCGUCGGUGGGGACACAAUGAAUUGGACGACCCAACGUUUACUAAUCCUUUGCUAUAUAAACUUAUACACUAUAGAGAAUCAAUUCCCGAUUUAUACGCAGAGAAACUUAUCUCUGAAUCGGUGCUCACUGAAAAAGACGUGACCAACAUAAAUACAGAAUACACAAAGUUCUUACAACAGCAAUUCGAAUUAGCUGUUACCUAUUCGCCGCAGAUAACAUAUUAUCAAGAACAAUGGUCUGGUAUGUGCGCUGCGCCGGACGCCGUUGAAGUGUGGGACACUGGCGUUGAUAAGGAAAUGCUGAAAGUUAUUGGACGUGCUUCUGUGACUACGCCGAGCGAUUUCAACAUUCACAGUCACCUGGCUAAGACUCAUGUCAAGAACCGUUUGAGCAAAAUAUCUGAGGAAAAGGACAUUGACUGGGCAACUGCUGAGGCUAUGGCAAUAGGUUCCCUUUUAAUGGAGGGUCGUCACGUAAGGUUGAGUGGCGAAGACGUCGGGCGCGGCACAUUCUCGCACCGCCACGUCAUGCUCAUUGAUCAAGAGAAUGAGACCAUGCAUGUGCCUCUUAAUCACAUACAUGAAAACCAGAAAGGCUUUCUGGAGGUGGCAAAUUCUAUUUUAUCUGAAGAAGCAGUAUUAGGCUACGAGUACGGCAUGGCGUACGAUUCGCCCGACAAUUUGUGCAUUUGGGAGGCGCAGUUCGGCGACUUCUACACCGGGGCGCAAAUCGUCGUCGAUACUUACAUCGCUUCCGGAGAAAGCAAAUGGGUACGCAGCAAUGGACUGGUAAUGCUGCUACCACACGGGUUUGACGGCGCCGCAUCAGAGCAUUCCUCCUGCAGGAUGGAACGUUUCCUGCAGCUUACAGACAGCUCGGAGACCGCUCCUGAUUCGGAAGCUGUGUGCAUGCACGUCGUCAACCCGACCACUCCUGCUCAGUAUUUCCAUCUGUUGAGACGACAGAUGGUCCGCAAUUACCGGAAGCCUUUGAUCGUGGUGGCGCCAAAAAUUUUGCUGCGAUUAGCCGAUGCUGCCUCCCCACUGUUGGACUUGGAACCGGGAACACAUUUCAAACCAGUUAUUGGUGACGUCAUAGCUGAUCCUUUAAGGGUUAAUCGGGUGAUACUAGUCUGCGGCAAGCACUACUAUGAGCUCAACAAAGAAAGGCUGAAAGCAAAAAUAGACGAUGUUGCCAUUCUGAGGGUAGAGGCACUCAGUCCGUUCCCGCUUCAGGCGCUGCAACAGGAAGUUGCGAAGUAUAAAAAUGCUAGGAAAUUCAUAUGGAGUCAGGAAGAACAUAGAAAUAUGGGAGCGUGGACGUUUGUGAAACCUCGCUUUGAAAACCUUCUAGGCAAAAAGUUAUUGUACGCGGGAAGAGCGGAAGCACCUACAACUGCUGUGGGCGCCUCGAAACUACAUCGAGUUGAAGUGGAACACGUACUACGGGAGCCACUCUACAAUAUUAAAUAAAUUACUAAUAAUAAUAUCUAAUCAAUCUGUUGGUGUUGUUGUUGUUUUUGUUGUCUAAUCAACAACAACUUUAGAAUUUAAACUAUCGUGAGUGUUAUUCAUAUUAAUUUAUUAUGAGACACUCGCUCGCUCUGCCGUGUCGCAGUUUGGAUCGUGCCGCGUUGCAAGAACCAGCUCAUGACUAAGGGCCCCUGGGUUCGAAACUAGUCGGGCAUACCUCGACAUUGUAUCACGUGAGUUUUAGCCGUGUUUCGUAAUAAAUUAAUAUCAACAGCAACCUACGUAACCUGCAAGACACCGGGUGAGUUUUCAUCCCUAUGUUACAUUCCUAAACUCGUACGAAAUGUUUUGCUUCUUCGUUUAUGCAUGGCUAGGGUAUGGAACUCUCUUCCGAUGUUCGAGUUCGUAAUUUUUACAACCUGGGCAUCUAUAAGAUGAGAGUGAAUAGAUAUCUUCAAUCUUCAAUUUACAAUAAUUUAAGUAAGCCAAGUAAUUUCAGACGAAAUGUAAUUUAGACUUUAAAAAAAAAUAUUUUUGUUUUCAUGUUUCAAUUAAUUAUUUUUUAAUUGAUAUGUACCUAUGCCACCAUAUGUUUAUUAAAGAAAAUUAUACGCACAGCAAAAAGGCUUUGAGGUGCGAGCCGUAAAGCCAGCGUAAAAAAAUCUUUGAUUGAAAACUUUUUUUUUAGUUUAGAUGAAAGCGGAAGGAAAUUUAUGAUUUACUUUGUAUACAUUAUUCAUAAGCUGCUCCCAUUUUUCACGAGAUGUUACAAAAAAUACCUACUAUAGGUAGACACUCCUAUCGGAAAAUGCGCGAGUAAAAGCUAACCUUUGAUAUUUAUCUGAAAUAUCUAUUGAUAUUUUGACGGCUUCCGUGGCGCAGUGGUAUGCGCGGUAGGUACACUAGACGGAUGUCCUGGGUUCGAUCCCCGGCUGGGCCGAUUGAGGUUUUCGUAAUUGGUACUGGUACAAGACUUCGGCCAUAGCUAAAUGUCGUGUGAUAACCUAUAGGGAUUUUCGUCCUACUCCUAUCAAAUUAUCCCGCUUUCAUCUAAGACUGCAUCAAAAAAAGACAUAACAUUGCAUACCGCAUUCAUAAAAAAUUGUAAACCAUAUUGUACCAACAUUAUCUACUUAAAAUUGUUUAAGUGUAAAUAAAAGAGAAAAUAUUUUUAUCA